ACGCGCACAAAACGCCUUUCCUUUCCAUAAAAAGUCCAAGCAAGUCAGUGUCUCGAAGAAAACUCACGGAGAGAAACCGAGAGAGAGAGAGAGAGAGAGAGACCCAAUGGAGGAAGGGCUCGGAGGAGAGGAGUACUUGUUCAAGGUGGUGCUAAUAGGCGACUCGGCGGUGGGCAAGUCCAACCUCCUCUCGCGGUUCGCCCGCAACGAGUUCGACCCCAACAACAAGGCCACAAUCGGGGUCGAGUUUCUGACCCAAGAAUUGGAAAUCGACGGCAAAAUGAUCAAAGCCCAGAUCUGGGACACCGCCGGCCAAGAGCGCUUCAGGGCCGUCACCUCUGCUUACUACAGAGGCGCUGUUGGCGCCCUGAUUGUCUACGAUAUCAGUAGGAAGACCACCUUCGAGAGCGUCAAGCGCUGGCUCGAUGAGCUUACCACUCAUUGUGAAACAACGGUAGCACGGAUGCUGGUAGGAAACAAGUGUGAUUUGGAGGACAUUAGGGCUGUGAGCUUGGAAGAAGGCAAAAACCUUGCUGAGGAAGAAGGGCUAUUCUUCAUGGAGACUUCUGCACUGAAUUCCACCAACGUUCAAACGGCUUUUGAGAUAGUAAUCCGGGAGAUUUACAACAACGUCAGCCGCAAAGUCCUAAAUUCUGAUUCCUACAAGGCCGAGUUGUCUGUGAACCGAGUAAGCCUGAUGAAAAACGGGGCAGACUCGAAAAGCCGGAUGAAUCUCUCUUGUUGCGGUGGAUGAUCCCUAUUCCUUGGGUUUUACGUUUCCAUUCAGAGUGUUCCUUCACCCCCAGCAGUCAUUCAUAAAUCUUUAAUUGCACAUCCACAAUCUGAUUUUGAACAGUUUUGAAUUCUUUGGAGGUUUUAUUUUCAACUUUGGUUGGGUUUUAUUAUUAAUUAUUUGGAAAUUAAACUUUUUUAGU